UCUCCCUUGACAAAAUAAUCUAGAUUGCAUGCGAAGAAAAAUUCAUUGAUACGCACGUUUAUAUCAGAGAAAUCGUUCUUGUUGUCACUUUUGUCUGAGAAAUAUAGGAACUUUUUCGAUUCCACUUUACUUUUUAAAUCUACACCAAGUGGAUCAUAGGAAUUUUGAUGUGAACAACUGAAAUAAGAGAUGUAAUAAAUGCCACUAUGGAGUCAUACUUGAUGAUGUUAUAUGUGACACUAGAGCAGGAGUCUGCCCUGAAAAACUUCUUUGUGGACCAAGGAUGGACAUUCUGCAAGCCAGAUUUAUCAGUGACAACAGACAGGCUGGGUCCAUCUGUGAAAGAUGUUCAUACAGAUAGUGCCCACUCUGAAAAUAGUCUGAGACAAUUGGGGGAAAGAAAGACAAAUCUAAAACAGCAUCUUGCACCAGUUGUAGAACUGGCUACAGAUAUUCCUGUUCCAGCAUCUAUGAAAAACGAAGAACAAACUUUUUCUAUCGUGCAAGCAGACACUGAAGGUACUGAGCAACUUAAACAGAAUGAAGCAGAGUUGCAAGACAUUGGUGAUAUGAAAGGUUUAUCUGAUAUUACAUGUAAUCCAGAUAAACCAAAAGUAAAGGUUGAAACAUUUGAGGUGACUUUGAAUGACGAUUUUAAUGAUGAUGAUGAUGAAGAUACAGAUGUUGAUUAUAGUUACAAUGAAGCAGAUGCAAAAAGUAAAAUGAAAGCAAAUGUAUCUAAUAUUACUGAAGAUAAUGCAGAAGAUGAAGUCGGUAUUACAGAGGAAGAUAAAAAAGCAGAAGCAACUCAACCCAGGGAACCAAAACGUUGCAAACUCUCAUCGAUGGAAUUCGCUGUUGAGGACCAAACAAGUUCAUGCAUAAAAAAUGAAACUAAUGAAGAACCUAGCAAUUUACAUCCACUUAAAUUCUCAACAGUUAGAACUCGAGACACGAAGGAGGCUCCAUUAGAGAAUUCUGUUCAGUAUUCAAGCCAUGAGGAAGUAAAAAAGGCAUUCCAGUGCAAAAUAUGCAACUAUUCAACAGUAUCUAGGGGAAAUGUAUACAGACAUCAACGGGUUCACACUAAAUCCUCUGUCAAAUGUAGUAAGUGCGAGAAAUCAUUUGCAGCUGUUUACGACCUGAGGCAACACUUCCGCUCAAUUCACGAAGGUUUGAAAUUGUUGUGUGAAAUUUGCAGCAAGUGGUUCAACAACAGAUAUAACCUGCGCAGACAUUUUUUAAUGGAACAUUCCAAAAAGUUUAAAUACAAAUGUACAUUCUGCGAGAAACAAUUCAUUGAAAAACUUUGCUAUCUUGGGCAUGUCAACAAACACCUAGAUUCAAGACCGUAUAAGUGUCACAUCUGUAGCAAAAGUUUCUGUUACAAGACAAGUCUUCAAAGGCACGUUGAGACGUCACACCAACCAAAAGUCGAAGACUUUGUAUGCGAGACUUGCGGGGCCAUAUUUAAGAGUAAAGGUAAUUUAAAAAAUCACACUAUGGGUAAACAUGGGCAAAAGAUAUUUGAGUGCAAUUGUGGGAAGGCAUAUUCAUGGCAGCUAUCAUUUAUCCGCCAUAAGAAAACAUGUAAACUUUUACAGAAUGAAUAAUUCAUAGGAAAGUGACAAAUUAUGGUGUUUCUUGUCUACCCUAAACAUGUUUCUUAAUCAGCAUCGGUGGAACAACAGACUGUUGUAACACAUUAUUUGAGUGCAAUAUGAGCUAUUGUUCUCUCCCUGACACUAUCCUGCAUCCAUCCAUUCAUAUUUUCUCCUCUAAAACCAUUAGGUUGAAGUUGAUGAAACUUGAAAUGGAUGUUCCUUGGAUCGAAUGGUUCUGUACCAGACUUCUUUGGCUCUCUGGGACUGCCAAACCUGAAUGUGGAAAAAUCUUUAAGCACCUUCUCCUAGGCAGUCGGUCCUUAUUAUUUACUGUACAUUUUUCGUUUUUAAUGUUUUGAUAUCAUUUACUCGACCAUAUCAAAUAUAACUAUUUUUGAUUGAUACUGAUUCAAUUACCCUUUUAUCUUGGAUAUGACUUUCUCUUUGUAUUGACUUUUUGUAAGAACUUAUUUUGAAUUUUAAUAACUUAACAAAGCACAGUCAAACUUUGACAUUAUUAGUUUGUCAGUUAAACAAAGAAAGAAGACAAGCAUUGUUUAUUGUACAAUAAAUCUAGGUUGAUUCACAGACCGAUAGACAAAAUUAUAAUGCUGUCACAUUUCUACUUGUACAUACUAUGUUUAGCAUAAUUUUUAUCAUAUAUUUCAAUGAGUAAAUGUCUGAAUGGUUCAUUCCAUGUGUAUCUGAACUCUGAAUCAUGUCAAAUCAGACAAUAAAACAUGCUAAGACGUGCAUGCGUCCAUCCGUCCAUCCGAUAUUGUCCGGACCAUAAUUUUGACAUGCAUGGACCAAUCUUGUUUAUAUUUGGCGUGAAUGUUUACCUCAAUGAGAAGGAGUGUCAUGCGCAAACCCCUUGUUCGUAUCUCGAAGGUCAAGGUCACAGUUGGAUAUCAACGGUCAAAUUGAAGUUUGUCCGGAGCAUUUCUUUGUCAUGCAUGGUGGGAUUUCGAUAUAACUUUGCAUGAAUGCUCACCAUUAUGAGACCGAGUGUCAUGCGCAAGAACCAGGUCCCUAGGUCUGAGGUCAAGGUCACACAGGCGGGCUCGACAUUCUGCCUGUGGGCAUACUUGUUUACGCUCUUAGAGGCCACAUUUUUUGAUUCAAUCAUUAAAUAGUUUGAAACUGGGUCAUAUGGUGUCUAAAAUGGGUCACUAGGUCAAACAUGUUUACACUGUUGUGGUGUGUUACUCAGGUGAGCGACCUAGGACCCUCUUGACUCCAAAUUCCCAAAUGGAUGUUUGUUUUCAUUUUCUUUGGUUGCUUAAUGAUAGUUUUGGUUUUUUAUUUGUAUUUAUGCAAGUCAACAACAAUGACUAUUGAACAUUCGUUAAAAUACCAGUUAACAUUUCUGGAUAUGUUUUUAUAUAUAUAUCAUAUUCAUUUUUUUUGCCAGUUUAGAGGUUUAUUGUGCUGCUUUUUCUAAUUAUCCAGGGGUGUAUAGCAUUCUCUAAAGGAUGCAAACACCUGAUGUUUUCUGUGUACUUACUUGAGUACAUUACUUUGAAUAUAGUAUACUUGGUUGUACUUCUUUGAAUGAAUGAACUUUAAAAAAAAUAUCUAACAAUAUCCACUUUUGUUUUUCAUAAUAUUAAAAUCUUGUUUCUGUUGUCAUAUUGAGGGUUAAUUGAGCAAUCUGUAACCUGAUGUUUAGAUGCUGUAUCAUUUAUUGUUGAUAAUUUGUAACAUGACCUUGUUUUGAAGGCAUUUACAUUGUAAUAAUCAUCUAAAGAAAAUAAAAUUUCUCUUUG